CUUGCUUUAAUGGGUUUAUUGAUUUUACUUAGCCGUUAAUGAGCUGCACUUUUCAGUCUCCCAUAAAGGAAUUUAUUCACUUUUCCUUGCUUAUUCAGCUAGACAUGUUGACGGACAAGUUUCUUCGACUGCAGUCAAUUUUCUUUCGCCUUCUGGGUCUGGAAUUGUUGCACGACCAGGAUGUCAGACGUCGAUAUCCCUGGAGGACCAUCUGCUGCAUCCUUUCGGUGGCGACUUUUUUGCCUCUGACUAUCGGAUUUGGUCUGCAAAAUAUCCAAAAUGUGGAGCAUCUAACUGACACACUCUGCUCGGUUCUUGUUGAUUUGUUGGCCCUCUGCAAGAUCGGGGUUUUUCUUUGGCUUUACGAGGAGUUUAGGUUUCUAAUACAGAAGUUUCACAGCAUCCUGGAAAGAGAAGCCAAGUUAGCGGAUUGUGAAGUAAUUAUUAACAAGGAAAACCGGCGUGAUCAGUUUGUUACUGCCUUAUAUUGCUACUGUUUUAUGACAGCUGGUCUUUCAGCCUGCCUGAUGUCGCCUUUAUCCAUGUUAAUAAGCUACUAUCGAACAGAUCAACUCCAGCCGGAUUUACCUUUUCCCAGUGUAUAUCCUUGGGAUAAUACGCAUGUCUCUAACUACAUUAUAUCUUAUUUAUGGAAUGUGAGUGCUGCUGUGGGCGUGGCAUUGCCUACAGUUUGCGUGGACACCCUGUUUUGUUCACUUACCCAUAACCUUUGUGCCCUGUUUAAGAUUGCCCGCUACAAAAUGCUCCAUUUUGGCGGCAGAAGUCCUGAGGAGACCCGUGAGAACCUGGUGCACAUAUUUCAGCUAUAUGAAGAGUGUUUGGAACUGGGACAUUCCCUCAAUGGAUACUUCAGGCCACUUAUCUUCGCCCAAUUCGUGGCUGCCUCUUUGCAUUUGUGUGUCCUGUCUUACCAACUAUCUGCCAAUAUCUUACAGCCAGCAAUGCUUUUCUACGCUGCUUUUACAGCAGCCAUUAUCAGCCAGGUUUCUAUAUACUGCUUCUGUGGAUCGAUGGUUAAUACGGAGAGCCAACUAUUUGGCCAGGCCAUAUACGAGAGCAAUUGGCUUCCUCUUCUACAGGAAAACUGCCAGCUUCAGAGGUCUUUGAUGAUUGCCAUGAUGCGUGCGAGAAGAGGAUGUCCCAUCGAUGGCUACUUUUUCGAAGCCAAUCGGCAGACCCUUGUCAUGAUUGUGCGCACUGCUUUAUCCUAUGUAACGCUUCUCAGGUCGCUGGCCUAG